UCUUGUUGAAAUGUCAAAAAUUAUCACAAACUGAAAAUUUACGACAACAUAACUGAGUAUAAAUACAUGAUGGUCUAAAUUUGAGUAAAACAGUUCAAGAAGUGCGUUCGUGUCUGUCUAAUUCAACUGAAAUAAUACUGAAAUUAAAAAGGAUAUUUAAAAAUGUUUACUUGUUCACCUGUCCUUAGCAUCUAUGCGUUAGGAAUUAUACUGCUAUGCAGUUCACUAACUGAUGCCGUAAAUCUGAACAAUAUCUGCAAACUGCUAGAGAACGGUGCUCAAAUUGCCAGUGGCAAUUCCUGUUCAACAUAUUACUCUUGCUACAAUGGAAUUGCUACUCUUCAAAAUUGUGCAAGUGGCACCUAUUUCGAUAAGAAUGCACAAUCGUGCACCUCACAGGCUCCAGCCUAUUGUGUGUCAUCUGCUUCGAACCCAUGUGGAGGACAUGCUGACAAUUCUUUUGUUUCUAAACCUGGCUCUUGCAACAGCUAUUAUUUCUGCAAUAGCACUGGUGCCUAUGCCGGUGACUGCCCCUCCAAUCUAGUUUUCAAUCCGACUAAACAAAUGUGUGACUACAAAUCCAAUUACAACUGCCAGGAAACUAAUGACAAUAAUGCAAACGGGCCUAUGGGACCUAUAAAUCUUUGCUCGUAUAUACAAGUAGGAAUUUACUUUGGUAAUGCUUUCAAUUGUGCGGGUUGGAUGAAAUGCACUAGCGACGUCGAUUCAGACACCGGAUCAUGUACUGGUAAUUUGCUUUACAAUGUACCUAAAAACCUAUGCGAUUAUCCGUCAAACGUUCAAUGCACACAGAUAAGUAGAGACCCGCAACUAAAUGUGCCAGCAGUCAGUGAUGGGGGUGCAUGCUCAACAAGUGGAACAAAGAAAAGCGCUGUCGCAUGUAAUCAGUAUUACGAAUGCGAUGGUACUCAAUUUCAACUGGCGACAUGCAAAGCCAACCUGUAUUAUGAUACAAAUUUGGAAAACUGUGUAGCCCGUACUGAAGCUUAUAAUGAUUGCGAUCGUUGUGUAGGCACCACUAAGAACUUCGUAAAUGCAUUCGGCACCGAUUGUCAUAAUUAUUUGUACUGCUCCAAUGGUGUCAGUAACGGCCAAAGUAGAGCUUGUCCAGAUAACGAAUUCUUCAAUGAGGAAAUGGGCGGUUGCGUACCCACAAAUCCUGAAUUUCAAUGCUGUGCUGCUUCGACAACUCCUUCUUCAACUCCAAUACCAUAAAUGUGUUAUAUUGAAAAUUGCCCUCUACUAUUUCACCGGAAGAGCAUUCGGCUUCGAAAGUAGAAGCGGUAUAUCUGGAUAGCAAAACUAAAGUAUGUUAUGAAUAAAUAUGUUAAAAAUAAAUACACAAUGUUUUUCGGAACGUUUAAUAAAAUUCCAUUGCAAAUUA